AUGGCUGGGAAAGCAGGAAAGAAACAAGCUAGCUCAAAUUCAAAAAUAAUUCAGGGCUUAUACAAGCAAGUUUCCUUGUUUUUAGGGAUGGCUAUCGUGCGUCUAUUAAUUUCCCGUAAGGCUACAAUUGGCCAAUGGAUUAAGCUGGUGGCUUUGAACGUUCCUAUGUUUGUUGCCAUAUAUAUCAUUGUGAUAUCUGGUAAACCCAAAUAUGAUGGUAACCGCGUAGUAAAACAAGGUAUAGACUUGAACGAUGAUACAAAUUUAAUAUCAUAUUUUUUUGAUCUAAUCUAUCUAUCACUAUUUGGUAACAUUGGAAUUAUAGCUUUCAGGACAUUCAAAUUUUGGUGGUGUUUAUUAUUGUGUCCUAUCUACGCUGGUUAUAAGUUAUACGGCCUUAAAAACGUGUUCAUGCCUGGCGCUCAACAAACUCAGGCAGAUAAUCGCUCAAAAACCGCUAAUGAAGGGCAAUCUAAAUCCAAAAGACAGAUGAAAAGAGAGAAGAGAGGUGACGGAGACUCUAAAAUCAAGUAUAAAUAUCGUUAA